AUGUCAAGUGCCCCCGCCGGUCCUGGAAACCGCCAAGUCGGGCUUGGACUGUACAUCCCUCCUAUCAAAGAAGGGACCGACCUUGAACCCCCCAGCCUGUGGGCAGACCAUAUCUUCGAGCUUCGCUGGAAGGUGGCCCGCCAGAGGGGAUAUAUCAAGAGCCCAAUCUUGGACACUCUCAUGUCCGAAGAGAAGCAGCGGGAGCCCUUCCUCCGACAUAACAAAGGCUGGCCUGCCAAACGACUCGACGAAAUGAUCGACAGCAACAAAUGCAAUGUCGAAUCUGCAAUGCUUCAGGUUGUUGGCGAUAUUGCUAGGGCUCCUUGUGCAUCAUGCCAACGGGGAAACGGGCCGUGGGCCCAAUGUGUCAAAUACAAUGGCCCCCGGGUCUCAUCAGUGCCUGUGCCAACUGCCAUUGGGAGGGGCAAGACCACCGAUGCACCUUUCAUGUUAAGGUCCCCCAGGCCCCGCGGCACAAACGCAAUUCCUCCAGUAUUGACCGACAGCUUCGCAUAG